AUGGACCCCAAUACUGGUUAUCCCGCGGGCUAUCCCGUCCCGACUCAAAGCCCCCAAAACCAACAGAUGUCUUUCUACCCUAAUGCUGUUCCUCAAUACCCCCAAUCAAAGACACCGUCGGGUCAACAUUUUGGUAUGCCCAUGCAGCCUGGUCCUGGUGGAGCUAUGAUGCCUUCAGGUUUCCCCCAACAAUCUUCCGCAGCACCUAUGGAUAACUUCUCAGCGCCCUACACCCAGACCUCCAUACCUACCUCCAUGGGACAGUUCGUCCCCCCUCAAGGCACAUCCGGCGCAAACAUGCCAUCUCAAGUAGCGCAGACCUUCUCCCAAAAUAUGGCUUCCAUAUCAGCGAACAACCUCCUCGGCACACAGCCCAAACUCCCUUCACAAAUCAACUCGCCCCAGACCGUUGCCUCUCCUGCGGUUCCGAACCCGGCCCAGGCCCAGGCUCAAUUUGCGGCGCGUGAGAAGGCCCGUGUCACGGCCCUCCUUGACAUCAACUCGGCCUUGUUGCAAGAGGUAGUGAACCUUCAAGCUGCCGGCAAGGCUGGCGCCGUCUCCAACCCGGAUACAAAUUCACCGGCGUCCGAGCAACCAGAUAUAUCCAAAGCCAAUCAGAAGAGCCCCGAAUAUAUGGAGUGCAUGCGACGCCUACAAGUCAACCUAGCCUACCUCGCGACUAUCGCCGAUCGAUCGAAGAAAGCGAGUGGCGUCGUGCCCCAAAUGCCAGCGAUCAUGACACCGCCUCCCAACCUCCCCUCUGUUAAUGAGCUAUAUGUCAGACUCAACGAGCUCUUCUCGCGCUCUGCAAAGGCCUCUACUCCACAACGGCCAAGUCCUCCGUCCAUGCAGGGAAACGGUGGACCUAGCCCUGGCGCUAUGACUGAGUCAAUUAUUUGA